AUGGCGCCGGUGUCUGAUAGCAACUACUUUCCCUCCCUGGCGGAGUGCCUAUUCGGGGAGCGGGUGCUUCUAUCCUGGAAGCAUGUCUCGACGGCUCUAUCCGACGAGACGGCCCAACGGCAAAUAUGCCCCGCCGUCGUUCGCUUUCUAUCUGACGAUUUCGUCCACAUUCUGCUGAAGGACCCCUCUGCUGCCUUUGCGCCUCCGUCAGACGCCUCGAAGAGGGAUUUUGAGACCAAGACAGCGCCUAUCAAUAUCACAUCGAUUUCGACGGAUAAAUUGGAUGUUAAAACUAUCAAGGAUGAUACCGAAUGGCUCAGCAAGAACGCCAAAAUCAACCUCGUCGCAGCCCUCCGCGUUGCUGUCGUCGAGUUGGAGUCGCGGCCUGCGCGGCAUCUGAUGGGACCGCUAUCGUCCCAAGAUGAUACAAAUCUGCAAGACGCCGCCGGCCUCCAGAAUGGCCAGGGAACCUCAUUCUUAUCCGAGCUGGGAGCGGGCGCGGCACUGGACUCGGAUGAGAUCUCGGCCGACUUCGACAAGCCAGACGUCAGGAGACGUCGGCUGUUCGAGACGUAUCUGAGCGAAAGGAGGUCUUUCAUGAUGACCAUGGACUACAUGUACUCCAUCAAGCUCUACGGUCGACUGCCAAUCUUCACUUCUAGACUCGACGAGCUUUCGCCGCUUUAUCAGCUGAAGGGGACGCCCUCUCGAACCAGGGACGAAACGGCGACAUUGCUUCCAGCCUACUUGAAAAUCGUUACCAGCUGCAUGGCCAGCAUUGAGUCCGGCCUCGGCUCCUUGACGGAAGACAGUCUGCUGCUUCUGGAUGACAUCGAGUUGGACUGGCUCAGGAGUCUCCUGGCCGAGAUCACUCAUGCUUUGUCCGUUGUAUUCCAAAUUGUCGACAGCCUAGGAACCGAGUUCCCUCCUUCCGGUUCCAUCAAUCAGUGGUUUUCUCUCAUGGACGCGUAUACCUUCUUCGACUCAAUUCAGCCCAUCCACCCAGCUAUUGCUGAGCUGAUCAUGCCGCUCAAGACGCUUUCCGUCGCAGUGUCGAUCAGUCUCCUGAAGCCUGGUCGGUCCCUGACCUUCCUCGCCGAGAGGGAAGAAGAUCCCACCUUGCCCGAGGACUCAUUCGACGCCUACCUGAUCUUAUCAGACGUCCUCGAGCAGAUUCACAAGUGCAUCACCAAUGCUGCCGCCAUCGAUUGCGAAAGCGCUUCUCCCGCCAUCUUUGCUUGGACCCUGCUUCUCCAUCGCAUGAACCUGUCGUAUCAGGCGCGAACCGAAAAGCGCGAUAACCUGCUGCAGCAGAACGCUCGGGACCAUUUCGAAUCCGGAGGUGUCAUCCGGCCCACCGGCCGACGCAACUCGGCUGGGAGCAUUUUUUCCAUCGAAUCCUCCAAGUUCGACGGAUUUCUGGAAAAUGCAACAACGUCGAAAGAUCUCCAGGUGGUGGAGCAGCUCGCUUCCAGCGUCACCUCUCGCGGCCGCGUUUUCGAUGUCAUGACAAGCAUGGCCAUCGCGUUGGGUCCUUCAAUCGAGGGUAGCAUGUCGCCCUUGAUCAGCUCGCGCAUCAGGAACGCUUUCUUAGAGCUCCUGAAGGUCUCCUAUCCCAUCCUCGGCUACCAGUCGGAACCGCUGAGCUCCCUACUUUCCCUCCUUAGUCCAGGCCGAGACUACUGGGAUCUCUCCCCCGAGGAUUCCCUGUGCCCCCCGCAUGACAUUGUGACAUCCAUGCUGCACGACGACUAUCUAAUGCAAGCCUACUUUCAGCAAGCUCUCGAUCGCUUUCCCUACGAGUUCAUGCCUUUUAUUUCUCUCUGCAAGUCACUCUGCACCGCGUCUCUAUCCGCUGAUGACGACCAAUCCGAUGAGGUCCUGAAUCUCCUCCGGAAGACUCCAUCACUCACCUUGGUUCUUCCCGAUUCCUUUCAAGGGUACGAACUCGUCCAGGAAGACGAAAACACAAACUCUUUCUGCCUUCUGGAAGACUUGCCAUUGAUUGCCUUGUCAUCAUCAUGGAGCAGGAGAUACAUCGAGGAUGACGCCUACCGCCUACCGGCAGGAACCUGCGGACGCUUCAUUACGGACACGGGCAGAGUUGUCCUCGUGGAUUUCCCCCAUUCCACUUUAUCACUCCUCGGUCGCCGGCUGGAAAUCAACCUUAUGAAAGAAGGAUACCGGACCGAGCUUGGCAUGUUGCACCCAGCAGAGGUGGCUGAAGCCAUCUGUUUGCUCGCCACCCUUUUCCGCAUGGACUAUCUGGCGGCAACCCGGGCGGGCGGUUGCAGCUCACUCGUUCAAAAGGACAGCGAUCUGUUGCACGAGGCCAGCAAGCAUAUUAGCGGAGGGAAGGACAUCGUCACGGUCGUUUGCGACACAAUGGACCACUUUAUGCAAGACGAGCUGUCAACUUCGGAAGAGGCAGCUAUCAGCGUUGUCACCGCAUGCGUCAAGUUCCUGGACGCCAUCUUGCCAGUGCAGCCAAGCCGUGUGUGGUCCUACUUGGCGCGAAGCGAAUUGCUCAGCUCGGAUUCCAGGGCGGGCAAGCUGGUGAAGAUCACGGGAACGCUUGACCUGCCAUCAGAGCUCCUCCUCUCCUCUCUUUCGUUCUUCUCGAGCCUCAUCGACACCUCGAUGCACUCUGCUGUCCAACGUCGAGCGGGAAGCAAGCUUCUUGGAAGGCAGAAGGCCGAGGCUAACCCAUGGCUUGGCACGGCUGACAAGGUGCUCUCGGCUGUGAGCCUGUCUGUCGCCCAUGCGUGCGUUGAUGUUUUUGAAAGUUCAUCGACGUGGAGGUUCGACUCCAGCAUUAGCCGGCUGUCGCUGCUGGACAAGGUCGUUCCAGUCUUGGACAAGCUAGUCCGGUACUGCUAUGAUAUGGGCUCAUCGGUCGGCUCUGCAAACCUGACCUCCUGUCUCCGGCCAGCCGCCACCUACAUUGUCGAUUGCUUCAUGUCGCCGGCCACCGGAACCCUGCGCUUUCAACCGAUCCUCGCGUCCUUCGUCGCCGCAUUCACGUCUUUCGACUCCACCUUGUACCCAAUACGUACGAGGAUUGUGAGAAGUCAGCUGACAUCCGUCCUCACUUUUUCAACAACGCUGCUCCGAGCGGCCAGCUAUCUUCAGCAGCCGUCCACGGUUCUGGAGACGUAUCUUUUCAAGAGCUCAACCCUACUAGCGAGACUUUGUGCCUUUUCGGAACUGGUUCGCUGCCCCGCCAUAUCUCUACUUGAAUCACUCGUGGUGAAUGCUGGAAAAUCUCCUUCCGAACCUCCUUCACUGCUUGGCUACUUGGGGCCGCAGACCUCUAAAUCAUUCCUGCAGCUUCUAUCCAGCCUCGGCAAGCCAUUUUCAUUGACGCGGGAUGCCAAGACAACUUGGAGCUUCUUUUCGUCCAUCUUGAAACAUCGGCAGCAGUGGAUGUCUAACUGCCUUCUCACCGGCCAGACGCCUCGGGAGGCGAUGAAGCAGAACAGCAAGAAAAGUGAGCUUUCGUGCGACUCCGUGUUUGCCGGUGCUCUGCAGAAGCUACAGGUUCUGAAGAGCCUGGACGGAGGUGAGGCACUGGCCAUUUUGGAUUUUGUUGCAUCGGCGCAAAACUACUGGCCCUGGACGGUGUUUACCCUUCUCAAAGACACCUCAUACGUCGACGGCCUCCGAUCAUACGUGCAUGAUCUGAGGCCCUCUCACCGGACCGUCAAAACGGACGCGGUCGGUACCAGCAUCGAUGCUAGGAUCGCAGCGUAUGUCGCCGAAACGUUGGCAAUGCAGCUCUACCAUUCGCGACACCACGGCACAGCAGACGGCCUCGCCAAGAGUCUCAUUGCCGACCUCGACUAUUACCUCCGCGACGGAGUCGAGGUCGCAGGUUACAACAAGUCGCUACACAACAACUUUGCGAAGAACUUUGCCAACAAAUACUAUGGCUGUUCGCUCGACAACUUCGAACGAACUUCGCUGGAGCCCAGAGACCUGGGCAACAAUUACUACUACGACUUGGAUCGUGCCAAUGACAUGCUCCAGUUCGACCCCGGUUGGCUCGGGAAGAAAGACAACGGAUUCAAGAAUGAGAUGCGGCUUGCAAACGCGAACCUGUCGCUGGUUGACGCCCAAAUGGCCUUGUUUCAUGCGUGGGAGUUCUUGCUGAUCGAGCUGAGCAAUUGCUUGCCGAACAACGACACCCUCAUCAGGUACAUGCUGCAAGUUGCUCAGCAGUGCUUGAACGCAAACCAGAAUUCUGCUGGCCCCGAGACUGUUUUUGUCAAGCUCGUUGGCGCACGAGCGGAUCUAGCUCUCGUGCUGAUUCAGCGGCUGGCCAAAUCAUCCAUCGCAGUCAAGGACAUCAACCAGCUGCUCAGCACCCUUGUUUCCACAAUCCACAGCAUCGAGGAGCCGAACUCCAAGGAAUCGAUUGCCUACUACCGCACGCUCCUGAAGGCAUUGUUCGUCACCCUUCGGACAUACCGGUUGGCUGAUGGUAACACGACCGCCCCCGUGGACGCUGAAGUGUCAACGGUGAACGUCACGCAAACCGUACUGAACGUUCUCGAUCAAGUCGUCGGCAAGGGAUUUCGAUCUCUCGUUAGCCUCAUCCACGACAGCGAGGCUGAUGUGUCACCAGAAGACCUCACACUCCUGACGGCCAUCUUGCAAGCGAGCCUGGGACUGCCUACAAUCGAUCAGUCGCAAACACAGAUCAUGAAUAUCAUGGCAUCGCACGACGUCAUCCACGCAGCCGUUUCGCUUUUUUCCUGGGCUGAUCAACUGGCAGUACAGGGCGACCCGGUGUACGGCGAGCUGAGCAUCCUGUUUUUGCUUGAGCUGUCGACGCUGCCGCUCGUGGCAGAGCAACUUGCCUGCGACGGUGUUCUUAGCAGCCUCCUAUCGGCAAAUCUCGCCAAGUACAUGCUCAAAACCAAGGUUUCGCCUUAUGCAGAUUCGCCCGUGUCGCAGCGCUGCUUCGCCAUCUGGGCAAAAGGCCUUCUCCCGCUGAUGCUUAACCUGCUUGCGACGCUAGGCACUACGAUUGCGCCGGAGAUCACAUAUGUGCUGAACCAGUUCUCGCACCUUAUGGAAUCCAGCGUCGAUAGAUUCGAGGCUCCGGGCGCCAGCCGAACAUCGUCGAAGUCGACGCCUCACUAUCUGACGCUGUUGGCAACGUCCGAGAUCCACUCGCUGGCGCUGCUCACGCGAGUCCUCGCCGUCCUGCGCCACAAUAACAACCGAGACAUCCCGGCGAUCGAAUGGGACGCCGCCAUGCUGCUGGAAAACGUCGAGUUCUGGCUGUCAAGCAAGCGGCUGCUCAAGGAGCGACUACUGCCUCUGGGAUCACGGGAGUUGGAGUGGAGAAACACCAAGGUGGCGGCCGGCACGGGGUUUUGUGAAAAUUUGCUAGAGCAGAAGAUUGUUUCGCAGCUGGAGACGGUGAGGGACGUUUUGAGCGAGGAGCUCGAGACAUGA